UUUUCAUAAAGUUUCAAUCUUUAUUUGUCAAGAUUAGUGUUACUCCAAUUGGGUUAGUAAAUCUUCACAUAAAGUUUGUUUCUUGGUGAUCUUUUCUUAAUGGGGUUCUAUAAAUCAGAUGUUAAAUUUAGUGAACAAGAACUAAUACAUGCUGUUGUACCAUUAUUGAAGCUAUUAUGUCUUACUGUUAUUGGCAUACUUCUUGCACACCCAAGAACACAAAUAGUCCCAAAAUCUACUUUCAAGCUUCUUAGUAAACUUGUAUUUGCUUUGUUUUUACCCUGCACAAUCUUUAUUCACUUGGGUGAAUCAGUUUCUAUCCAGAAUUUAGCUUUAUGGUGGUUUAUACCUGUGAAUGUGAUCAUAAGUACUGUUAUUGGUUGUCUUUUGGGCUUGUUGGUGGCCGUAAUUUGUCGGCCACCACCCGAAUAUUUCAGGUUUACUGUCAUUGUGACAGGUUUUGGGAACACGGGUAAUUUGAUUCUAGCGAUAGUUGGUUCAGUUUGUCAUAGUGCAGACAAUCCGUUUGGGCCGGAUUGUCAUACUGCUGGUACUGCUUAUGUAUCUUUGGCUCAAUGGGUGUCUGUGUUACUAGUUUAUACUUUAGUUUACCAUAUGAUGGAACCACCAAUGGAAUAUUAUGAAGUUGUGGAAGAAGAUGGUGAAAUUGAGAUCGUUCCCGAGAAUCUGCCCGUGAACGAUCUCAGUAGGCCACUUCUACAUGAAGCAGAGUGGCCUGGUAUGGAAGACAAAGAGACAGAACAUUGCAAAACCCCGUUUAUUGCACGGGUUUUUGCAAGUAUAUCUGAUUUCUCACAGACUUCCAUACCAGACCCUGAUUCAUUAGAAGAUGCACUAGAGCGGCCACGAAGCCCAAAAUCAAUUAGGUGUCUGGCCGAGCCACGAAUGGUUAGAAGGAUUAGGAUUGUAGCUGAGCAAACCCCGGUCAGGCACAUUCUCCAACCACCUACUAUUGCUACACUUCUAGCUCUAGUCAUAGGAUUGGUUCCAUUUUUGAAAUCUAUCGUGUACGGUGAUAAUGCACCGUUAUCCUUUUUGACCGAUAGUCUAGACAUAGUGGCUGGAGCCAUGGUGCCGUCGGUUAUGUUGGUUCUUGGUGGAAUGAUAGCCGAGGGUCCUAAUGAGUCUAGACUAGGGCUACGAACCACAGUUGGGAUUCUAGUUGCGAGGCUUUUGAUUCUUCCUGUUUUAGGUAUUGGGGUCGUGUUCUUGGCUGAUAAAAUGAAUUUGUUGAUACAAGGCGAUCGGAUGUUUCAGUUUGUGCUUUUGUUGCAAUACACCACACCAAGUGCUAUCUUAUUUGGUGCAAUCGCGAGUUUAAGGGGUUAUGCCGUUAGUGAAGCUUCAGCACUACUCUUUUGGCAACACAUUUUCGCUUUAUUUUCUCUUUCGAUGUAUUCCAUCAUCUACUUCAAGUUGUUGCAUACUUAUAUAUGAUCCAUAAAUUGAUGCAUAUACUGUUUCAUGAUA